AUGACAUUUGCGAGUGGUUUUCACCCAUCUGCCGUGCGGCUCUCGCACAAGCUCCCGCCGUCUUCCCGAGCGUGGCUCGCACGCCAGUACCGCGAUCCAUACGUCAAAGCGCGGCUCUCAUACCCCGCCAACUACCGCUCGCGCUCCGCAUUCAAGCUUCUCGAGCUCGAUCACAGGUGGAAAUUUCUCAAUCACGAUGAUGUCCGGACGGUCGUCGACCUCGGCGCCGCCCCGGGCGGAUGGAGCCAGGUCGUUGCGGGGAAGAUGGGCUGGACAGACUCCGACUGGGAUGUGCGGCUGACCAAGGAAACAGUCGUGAGUGCAAAUGGGAAGGGGAAGAGCGUGUUGGACGCGGCUACUGCUGGGUUUGGACUUAAGAGGGGGAAGAGGGAGGAGCUGAAGAGGAGGGUGGGCGGGAAGAUGAGCGACUGGAGUGCCGUCCCGCCCGAAGGUGCAGAUGAGCUUGGGGACAUCGAAGAGGCGGACUUCACGAGGCUGCUGGACGAAGAAGACACUGCAGAACCGCCUCGGCAGGUUGGGCGCGGAACGAUUGUCGCCGUGGACUUGUUGCGGAUGGAGCCCAUCCCGGGUGUCAAGACGUUGCAGAUGAACUUCCUGUCGCCGAUGGCGGAUGAGUAUAUCUCUGCGCUCCUGAGGGAGCACCACCCUAGAAUUCUCCCCCCGGACGAGUGGGCACGAGCCCGACACGAGGACGGGAAGGCGGACGUGAUACUGUCGGACAUGGCUGCGAACUUCACAGGCAGCGCAACGGCGGACAUAGAGGCCAGCAUCACGAUUUCCGAAGCGGUGUUCGAGUUUGUGUGCCGGCAUCUCAGGACGGCAGAGAGCAUCGGCCGGAGGAGAGGUGGUGUGCUAGUGCUCAAGCACUUUGCGCACCCGAAGGCGGACGAGUUCAGGAAAGCGGUGCUCUCGCCUAGCUUCCAUUCCGUCGCCUUCGACAAGCCCCCAAGUAGUCGUUCCGAGUCUCGGGAAGGAUACUGGAUUUGCGCGGGAUGGAAGGGCGCGCCGGCGUCUCGGAGGUAA